AUGGCCAUGGAGCAGGGAAGAGUGACGGAAUUCGAAGGAAAGAGCCUCGACCAGAUACAAAUUGAGCCUGAAGGGAGAGCAGUAGAGAUCCUCUCACAAACGGACGGGCUAAAAGAAACUUCAAGCGGAGAACCUUCAACCAUUCAUCCAGAUGCACCCCAUGGUAGUGGCAGUGCCCCUUCUGAACGUCGCGUUGUGGAGCCUCAUCCUCUGUCGUCGGAGAGAUUUUCCUCACACAAACCUCUUGACGUCUCCCCCCCUUUUCUCUCCCCCCUUCUAAAAAACAAGACCACACCACUUAAGAGUCUGCUGUGGUUGCGCGUUUCCCCCAUCACAUCCAAAGAUCUUAUAAUGAAGUCUAGGGUUGACACACCUGACCGUGGAAAGCACGUUGAAACCUUUCAUCUGAUUUGA